AUUAUCCGAGCGUUUAUUUAAUCAUUUAUCUUAUAUCUAUUUGCAAUUUAUUUUCAACGAUGGAUUUAAAGUCCGAACCUUAUCCUGAGCUGCAGCCUAUAGAAGAGGUGGCUCUGGACACCGUGGUGUCAGUCAUGAACAGAGCUAAGGAACAGUUAGGGGAGAGGCAGACGCUGAAGGAACUUGCACGCUGCCGUGAACUCUUCGGCGGUAAACCCAAGCUGGACGUGACCGGCCUCCGAGCUCCCCUGGCCCUCACAGCAGAACAGCUCAUCGACGACACCAUCAGAUACCACUGGAAGCUGACUCACCUCUUCAUGUUCAACAUCAACUACAAGAACACUUCCAUUGAUGAAACUUCUCAUUACUACUACUAUGAGGCCAUAUUCAGCCAGCCUACAAUCAAGUACCCCAUACCUCAAGCAACAGCUACAGUCUACUUUAGGGUUCAAGAACAGUACACUCAUCCGUCCAAAAACGCGCCAGUUCCUGUGAUUAAAUUCCGGGUGGAAAGUCAGCGAACUUCGCACGAUAUCCGCUACGUGACGCUGCUCCCGGAAUGGCUCCUCGCCAUCAUCAAGAUGAAAAUCACGCUCUACAAGCGUAUUGAGGAAUAUAACAUUUUCUGAGGG